GCUCUUACAGACCGAUCACAUGACGUGAAAAUGGCCGAAGAAAAUAACACGAAUGCCGACAACUCCAAGGAGGUUGAGAAUACAUCACCAAUGCAAAACGGUGUCAGUUAUAAUGAAGACGAUGUGGGAAUCGGAGAAGUUGAAAGCAUUGACACGAUAGUUCAAGAAUGUAGUAUAGAGUUUGCAGACCUUGACAAGACAUUGGACCAGUUGGACACAUGGAUGAAUAAGCUGGAGGACCAGAAUGAUAACCUGUAUGGUAGAAUUGAGGAAUUGUUAGAAUCUAACAGACAGAUCAAAAAAGAGCUUCAAGAACAAAACCAGGAAAGUCAACAACAAGGAGGAUCUGACCAAAAUUCAGACCCAAUGGAUCAAGGAGACUCUAAGAGUUAACAGAUAUAGACUGAGAAUUCACAUAUAUACACCUCAUUAUCGCCAUAGCAAAAUAUAUAUAUAUUUAUGUAUCUUAGUCAGAUUACUUAGAUCUGAGGUAUGACCAAUGUAGUUGUCAAAAGUGGAGCACAAACUUGUUUCAGUUGUUGCUGAAACUUAGUCUCUUUUACUAAGGUUAGAACCCUGAGUGUCAUAGAUGUACAAUUUCAAAGUGGGGUUAUUGGAUGACUACUAAUAAUAUAAAGGUGAAGUGGCUGCAUACAGGAGUAAGGUAUACCUUUUGGUUUUGUUGAAUUUUAACUUUUGUGUGAACUGUUAAAGAAAUCUGCAUUAUGCUGUUAACUUGUCAACAUGGCUAUGAACAUAAACAAUUAAAAUUGACAUAUAUGUUUUGAGAUUGCCCUUAAUGUGCACUCCCAAGUCUUGACCAUUAUUAUAGACUCCCAAGUCUUGACCAUUAUUAUAGACUCCCAAGUCUUGACCAUUAUUAUAGACUCCCAAGUCUUGACCAUUAUUAUAGACACCCAAGUCUUGACCAUUAUUAUAGACUCCCAAGUCUUGACCAUUAUUAUAGACUCCCAAGUCUUGACCAUUAUUAUAGACCUAAAAGACAUGACUUAUGGAAACCUGGUGAUUUGGCAGUCCAAGUACAACUGAGAAAAUCCAAGGCAUAUAAUCAGAAACUGUUUACUAAUUUUUUUUUUUUCAAAUUGAUGUGUUCUUAGUGAAAUUAAAUUUGAUUAUAUACAGAUCUUCAGAGUGCUUGGUAAUGAUCAGACUGCUAAGUGAUGAUCUGUAUAUGAUCUUAUUUAGUUGAAUUGUAUCUUUUUUUUAUGUAGAAUAUUAAUAAGAUAUUUGAUGUGAUAAAUGUAGUGAGUGUCAUUUUUUCUCAAAGUGUUAGAAAAAGAGUAAAUCGUAUUGGUGAUCAAGUGUAUACUGGAACAUAAAUACCAUUAUCCAGGUGUAGAAUUGGGGUUUAGAACCUUAUCAUUUGAUAUAACUCCAAUCAAGAUUUCAUGUAUAAUGGUGGGUCUAAGCAUCUAGUGAACAUAACUCAUAUUGUCAGUUUUUGUUUUAAAAUACAGAACCAAAUACCGUAGUAAACUGCAAUUCUCAGUUAAAAGAAAAGGUAAAUCUGUUUAUGUAAACAUUUCUUGCCAUCAAAGUGACUUUAUAAAAUACAGAAAACAAUACAAUUUCAUGUUUACCUAAGCUACACAAUUCAUAUCAAAGGCAACCUUAUUAUAAAUUAUUUUAUACAUGUAUCAAUUACAAAAUAGAUAUUUCAAUAUAUCAAGACAAAAGAAAUUUCAAGUCUACUGUGGUACUUGCAACUAUGAAAAUAUUAUAACCAGAACAAGUGGCUCUCGUAGAAAAGUUAUGUUGUAGAAUGUAGAUCCAAUUGUUCAUCAUAAAUGUAUAAGGAAUCUGUUCCCAUAUUAUUGGUAUUGCUGUAUUGUAUAAGGAUUCUCUCCCCUAUUCAUAUUGCUGUUACUUAUAAGAAAUACAAUUGUCAUGUAUAUCCUUCGAUAUUGAUUUGUUGAAAUGAAUUGUGAUGUAUUCCAGAACUGUAAAUGUUGAAUUUUACAAAUACUUGAUUGAUUGAUGAUAAAUUGUUGUUUUUAAUUAUUUUAAUGACGACAAUAAAAUUAAUGCUAAAACAAA